GUGGCCAUUGCUCCUGGAACCCCACCGCCUGCCCACUCAGGCCAGCUAAUUCUAUUGGCCUGCACUUGAUCUUUCCAGGAGGCCAUGGAAGUAUAAAUAAUAAAGCAAGAAGGGCAGAUCCAUUUGGCCAGCCCAGCAGAUUCCUCCUGGAGGCUGACAAUCCCCAAGGACAAUGAACCUCCCACUGGGCCUGGCCCUGUUUCUGGCUGGCCUCCUCGCCACAGAAGGGCUUCUCUCGCCCAAUGUCUCUCGACUCAGCUAUGGAGAGCUGAGCCAGACCCAAGGGUUGAAAGCAAAGAGGAUCGCCCAUGAGCUGGCAAAGCGCAACAUGGAGUUUGGCUUCAAGCUGCUCAAGAAGCUGGCCUCCAGAGGCUCCAGGCAGAACAUCUUCUUCUCCCCACUGAGCAUCUCCACUGCCUUCUCCAUGCUGUCCCUGGGCGCCCAGGACUCCACCCUGGAAGAGAUUAAGCAGGGUUUCAGCUUCAGGGAGAUGCCCGCCAGAGACCUUCACCGGGGGUUCUAUUACCUCAUCCGCAAGCUGAACCAGGAGAAGCAGGGCACCAAGCUGGCGGUCGGAAACGUUCUGUUCCUGGAUCAGAAGCUGAAGCUACAACGGAACUUCCUGAGAGAGACCAAGAAUAUGUAUGAAGCAGAAACCGUGCCCACCAACUUCCAGGACUUGGAAUAUACUCAGAAGCAGAUCAACAACUAUGUCAGUCAGAAAACCCAGGGGUUGAUCAACAACCUGAUCAGCAGUAUAGACCCUGGCACUGUGCUGAUUCUGGCAAACUUCAUUUACUUUCAAGCCAGGUGGCAACACAGAUUUGAUCCAAAAGAAACUAAAGAGGAAAAUUUCUUUGUGGACAAAAGCAAAACAGUGAAGGUGCCCAUGAUGUUCCACGGAGGCAUGUAUGACGUGGGCUAUGACGACCAGCUGUCCUGCACGCUCCUGGAGAUCCCCUACCGUGGGAACAUCACGGCCACCUUCGUUCUUCCCGAGGAGGGCAAAAUGAAGCAAUUGGAGGAGGGCUUGCAGGCGAAUAUUUUUGGCAGAUGGAAAAGAUUAAUGUCAAAAAGGGUUGUCAAUGUGUUCGUGCCCAGGCUCCACAUCUCUGGUACCUAUAACCUGAAGAACACUCUCUCCCAACUGGGCAUCAGUAAAAUCUUUGAGGAGAACGGUGACCUCACCCGAAUAUCCCCCUACCGCAGCCUCAAAGUGAGCGAGGCUGUGCACAAGGCUGAGCUGAAGAUGGAUGAGAAGGGGACAGAAGGGGCUGCAGGCUCUGGAGCGCAGACACUGCCCAUGGAGACUCCACAAAAUGUCAAGUUGAACAGACCCUUCAUGUUGAUGGUCUAUGAGAAACUCACACCUUCCAUGAUCUUCUUGGCAAAGAUUGUUAACCCUUCUGGUAAAUAAAGGGUCUUCCUGCUGCCUGCAGCACUCAACCAUGGCCUGAGGCUGAACCUC